GCAACCUCGCCUGGAUCGCUCUUGCCGUUGUUUAAGCCUACAUUUGGAUAUAGAGUUUCUUCAUGGACUUGUUAUCUUUGUCACAACAUUUGGAUUUUCUGUUCGGACAUUACCUCUUCUUUUUGGAUUUGUUUGGACGCUCUGUAAGUGUGCUCGCUUUUUGUUUGUACAUCUUUGGACCUGAACCUGCCAUUUAGGGCUGCAGACCUGUUCACCACUGGACAAACGUGACUAAAGUUUGAAAUCUCAGGAUGAUUUAAUUUUAACCUGAUAAAGGAAACUUUCUCUUGAUGCAUAAACGUGUUGCGACCUUCAACAAAGCAACUGUUUUAUCCUGCUGUGAUACUUAAACGAUCUGGCGAAUACUGGCAUGCUGGAACGGGGUAGAUAACUGGUGGCUGAUUGCGAAAAGAGGUGCAGGUGUGUGAGAGUGGAGCCAGGAAGACCACGCCCACCUGCAGACAGACAGACUCACAGGGAUAACGGGGACAAUAGGAUGGGGAAACAACAGAAAACAAUAGGAAAUCCGAGUCUAUAAGAGCCCGCGGUGCAGCCAGGAACCAGUUCUACAGUGCAGACGGAUCCAGCAGAUGAACAUCAUGGCUCAGAAGACUGUUCUGAUCGUGUUCGCCCACCAGAGUUCGGGUUCAUUUAAUGCGGCGGCGCGUGACAUAGCAGUGCAGGAGCUGACAGAGCAGGGCUACAAGGUUGUCGUGUCCGACCUGUACGCCAUGAACUUCAAAGCCAGCGCCACACAGGACGACAUCAUCGGCGACCUGAACAAGCCAGAGCUUUUCCAGUAUGGAGACGAGACGAUGCGCGCCUGGCAGGAGGGCCGCCUCACUGACGACAUCGUAGCCGAGCAGCGCAAAGUAGAAGAGGCCGAGUUAAUCAUCUUCCAGUUUCCUGUGUACUGGUUCAGCGUUCCUGCCAUCCUGAAGGGCUGGAUAGACCGGGUUCUGACACAAGGCUUCGCGUUCUCCCUGAAAAACAUGUACAAUAAUGGUAUAUUCAAGGAUAAGAAAGCAAUGUUGUCCUUCACUACUGGAGCAACACAGUCGAUGUUCAAGCCUGACGGGAUCAACGGAGACAUCAACGUCACGCUGUGGCCUCUGCAGAACGGCACUCUGCACUUCUGUGGAUUUCAGGUUCUCGCUCCUCAGAUAUUCUGGAGUCCGGCUCACUCCCCCCCAUCGGCGAGAACCGCAAUGCUGGACGGGUGGCGAGCUCGAUUGAAAGGACUGUUGGCAGAAAACCCUUUGAGCUUCGCCCGCACUGAGCUCUUUGACCUCAGCUUCCAGGGCGGGUUUGCGCUGCGGCCCGAGGUGAAGGAGCAGCAAGAGUCGCAGCCCUACGGCCUCACCACAGGACACCAUCUGGGGAAGCCGCUGCCCCCUGACAACCAGAUCAAAGCUCCCCCGUCCGAUGAAAGUGCCUAACCAGACGGGAAACCUUCUCUUCACUAAUGAACCUUGAAACUCAUCCAUAUAUGUAACAAGGUCACUUUAAUAACAAAAUACAGGAUUUUAUUAAUACUUUGUUUACUGAAGCUGAAAUAAAACUAUUUAUAACAAUGA